AUGACGAUGCGCUGCGUGCUGCUUGUGUGUGCGCUGUGUGCGUGGUGCGCCUGCGGGUGUGAGGCGGGUGAAGAUCGAAUCACUGAUUCGUCCGGAAGUGCUGUUGAACAGCUUUCCUCGGCUGCAGAAGGCGGUCUACCAGGGGCUGCUGCUGGGCUGUGCCCUCCACCUUGCGGUAAGGGUGGUGAGAAGGGGUGCCGUUGCGUCGAUGCUGGCGGCAAUGCUGUGGUGUCUGAUGGUUGCAAAGGUGGUGCUCCUGUGUCGGAGAGAUGCAAGGACGGCACUCUUUCUCCGCCUUGCAAGGAUGAAAAGGACGAGGCUUGCAAGCUUUCUUCGCCUGUCACUCUGCCUGAAGCUGUUGUGCAGCGUGGUGGAGUUACAUGCAAGCCUCAAGAGGUUCCUUGUUCUUCUGUGCUCGCUGAUGGUAGCGGCACCGAAGCCGCGGUUACGACAUGUGUGAAGCCUGAGAACGUCUCUGAGUGCCCGAAUGGGCAGAGGAUCGUUUCUGUAGGCCCGGAGAGUCCACGUGACACUAAUGUGCGAAGCGAUGUUGUGUCCGGCACCAACAAAUCCAUUGAUUCGACGUGUGCGGGUUCUGAGACACCUUGUGUUCUUCCACAGGCGCAACCUCAGCCGAAAUUGCCAGGAAGGGAGGAUGAAAAUCUUCAAAGGGGUGCCGAGUGUGAGGGACAUAUUACUGGAUGUCCUCCUGGCCCUACUGGUCAGCCUGCGAACGAAGAGUGCUUAACCUCUCCGCAGAAAUGCAGCACAACGUCGUCUCCUACGGGAGGGACCACUGGACAGGGCGGUGGGCUUAGCACCAGUGGAACAUUAAGCACGGACUUGAGUACGGAGUCCAGGGGUGCAGGGAACUUGUUGGAUCCACAGACUAAGGGGAAGAGAAAAGGGGAUAAAGAUUCCAAUGAUCAGGACCAAAAACAACUCGGUGGGUUGGAAUCUACACAUGUAUCGCAGCAGACGACACCUCCUGGAAAGCAGCGGGCACGAGAAAUUCUCUCAGGUAGCGGUCAAGGCGGCAAAGCCAGUGACGGUGUCUUGGAAGCGAUAUCUCAAAGUACAGUCAGCCAUCCCUCCAAUGAGGUGAGCACAAAAACGAAACUAAAGGGUAGCGAUCAGGCACCCACCAACGAUAAGAAAGGCCCACGGCUCACAGAUGCUGUAAAUGGUGAAACUGAUUCCACCGCAGCUGAUGCCACGUCGAUCGCUGGUGAAGCCGGUACUGAACCAGCGGAGACACAGAACUUAUCAGGACCUGCUUCCACGAGUACUGGUGCUAGUGAGGCCACAGACAGCAACCCUUCCACCACCGUUACUGAGACCGAGAACGUGAAGGACACGAAGAAUACGGACAGCAGCGUCAGUCCUGUGUGGGUGCAUGCACCGCUGCUUCUGGUGGCGUUGUUUGCAGUGGCGGCUGUGUCAUGA